AUGGAGCAUCACUUCGGCGAGGGAUGGUCUGAAAGGAACCGAAUCCCAACGGUUCAACAGUUUAGAGAAGAACAAUCCCAAAAGAAUCCUGGUAGCCAGCGUGAAACGACAUGGCGGGACUGGAUGCCCUCUUAUGCUGCUCCCGAUGACAGCCAGAGUUCGCGUCCCUCUUACUUGCAGUCAUUGAAUAAAAAUGAUGAGACCGAGGCUGUCGAUGAUGCUGCGAAGAAACAAGAUUCAGAAGCCAAUACUGCGGAUGCUGUGAAGCAGGGAAGGUCUAGCUCCCAAGCGGCUCCGCAUAAGACCAAUCAUGAAGGCAACCUUUCGGACAAGGGUGGUGGUGAAGAAGAAAAGAAUCGCAUUAAGGAAGCAGCAAAGACUUACAAAGAAGGACCUAAAAAUGAUUUCGUGGCUAAGGGGACGCGCGUUGUUGACGAUCCGGUUACCGGAGGAGAUGUGGUCAUUCAAGAUGCGAAAGAUUUGGACAUUGAUCCUUCCCAUCUGGACUCACGCUAUCAAGGUGGAUACUCGACAUGGAAGCCCCGUGAAGAAGGAAACUACGAAAGCCAAAACGUUAGCCCUGACCCAGCGAGGCCCACCUCAGUUCUGCUACAGCGCUUCCCUGACCCUUUGAAACCUGAUACACUAAAGAAUCUGGACGAUCUUUUCACAAAGAUCUUUAUUGGAUAUGUAUCUGUCGUGGUGCUUGUUUGGGGUGUUGCCACCGUCGGACACGGCUGGUUCGCCUUCUUUACUCGCACCUUCCUACUCGCUCUUGCUGCACUGGCUGGAUUCUUGGGACUAGGACUUAUCAAGAAUAAGCUGCUACUCGAAUUUGAGAGGAUUCGUUCAAGUAUGCAUCGUCAGCGUGGAGAGCGUUUUUCUCCCCCUUACCCUGAGAGUGUGGAAUGGCUGAAUGCUGCUGUUGCCGCCUUGUGGAAACAGCUGAAUCCAGAAAUGUUUACAGCAGCUCUGGACCAGGUUGAAGACAUUAUGCAAUCAUCUUUACCUAGUAUCAUCAGCUCCGUGAAGAUUUCCGACUUUGGCAUGGGCUCCAAUCCACUUCGUUUUAUUGCCAUGCGCGCUUUGGCUGACCUUAUGACAGACGAAGAAUACCCACGUUCCACUUGGAUCGAGAAGAAUGACGACAAUCCCGAGGCUGAGGAAACCGAAAAGAAAAAAUCUAAGAUGCAGGACAUGAACUUGGAUGAGCGAGUCGAUUCAGAGACGAGAGAGUCUGCCAUGGAAGACCUGGCAGGUGACUUUUUGAACAUGGAAGUGGGUUUCUGCUACGCAGCCCUACCUGGCCAGUCGUCCAAGGACCGCACUAAAAACGUCCAUUUAUUGAUUGAGUUUUUCAUCGGUGCAUUUGACUGGAUCGAAAUUCCUCUCCCUGUUUGGGUGCAAGUGGAACGCAUUGUAGGUACGGUGCGUCUCCGUGCACAGAUCAUGAGUGAGCCGCCAUUUCUUCGCAAUUUAACAUUUACCUUGAUGGGUGUACCCAGUGUGAGUAUUAGCGCCAUUCCCAUGACGCGUGUGCUGCCUAACGUGUUGGACCUACCUAUCAUUUCUCAGUUUGUGCAAUCCUCGAUUGCGGCCGCUGCCAACAUGUAUGUGGCUCCCCGAAGCAUGACUAUGAAUAUGAAUCAAAUCCUCAGUGGCGAUGGUAUCAAGAAAGACACUGAUACAUUGGGUGUCCUUGUUGUGAACAUCCAUUAUGGUGAGAAUCUCAGCUCACAGGAUUUGAAUGGGAAGUCCGAUCCAUAUUGUGUUUUGAGUUUUGCCAAGUUUGGCCGGCCAAUGUAUGCUACACGGAUUGUAUUUGAAGAUCUCAAUCCUGUGUGGGAAGAGACGGCGUUCUUGCUUGUCAGCAAGGAGGACAUUCGUUCAGAUGAGGGUUUGUCGCUACAACUCUGGGACUCGGACAAACGUACGGCAGAUGAUAUUGUGGGACGUGUGAACAAGCCUUUACGCGACUUUUUGCAGCACCCCAAUGAGUUCCGAACCUUUAAGUCAGACCUGAUGGGAUUCGAGGAUGCCGACUCAAUGCAGGGUCAGCUUUGCUGGAGCGCUGCCUUUUUCGAAAAAGCGCGUUUGAACAAAGGCUUGCGCCGUCAGAAGGAUAAAUCUAAGCUAUCUGCUGCCGAACAGGAAACGGAACGCAAACCUUCUGAGAAAGAUAAAGAGCAGGAAGCGCUUACUCUCGACACACCUCCUGAUGAGAAAUGGCGUUGUGGUAUACUGAGUGUGGUCGUCAAGUAUGUGGCUGGUUUGGAGCGGCGCGACGUGGAAAAGGGCGUCUCUGAUAAUGAACGGGAAGGUGCUCAUGGUCAAGACGUGGAAAUGAGUUCCUCUUCGUUGCCCUGCGGCUACUGUGAGUUUAUUUUGAACGACAAUAUGUUCUACAAGACGCGGGUGAAGCAGUACACAAACAUGCCAUACUUCCAAGCUGGUACGGAGAUUUUCGUCCGUGACUGGACUAAGGCCGAGCUUCGCAUUAUUGUGCGUGAUUCACGUCUCCGUGAACAUGAUCCUAUCAUGGGAAUUGUAUCGUUGCCACUUAAAAAGCUGCUGGCCGAAUCAUCGCAAAUCGAACAGUCGUUUAGUCUCCAGGAUGGUGUGGGUUAUGGUAAGGUUGCUACCAGUAUUGUGUUCCGCCAGGUCAAGGCUGAUCUUCCCCGCGAGCUGACAGGUUUCAAUACAGUAACGCUUGAUCUGCUUAGCAGCAUUGAAGUGAAAGGAACUACGCCUGAGAAUACCAAGAAGCUGAACGACAUCAAGCUGACAGUUAUGGCGAAUCUGUUCUCCACGAAACUCGGUUCGUUACGCAAACAGACAGAGCUCGACGAGAAUGAAAAACUUCUCAGUGUGCCUAUCUAUGACCGCUACUCAACUAACGUGGUCUUUUCGUUUGGCCGCUUUGGAGCAUCACACUUACCUGGCCCCUUCAAGGCUUUCGCAGUGGCCAUACUUCCUCUGCGUGAACUCGAGGACGAGCAAAUUACUGAUAUCGAGCUGCCUGUGCUAGCUUGUUCAAAAUUACACGCGCUAGAGCGCAAUUACAUUAACAAGCAGACGACAAAGACGCAUGACUUUGAGGAAAUCGGGUCGCUUUCCGUGCGCGUGCAGGUGACACCAGGACUAAGCGAAGCACAUCGCCCUAUUGCGACAGGUUCGCGUGAUCGUCAUGAGUUUGAGGUGUACGAGCGCCUUGUCGGCUUGCCCACCCGUGCAGAGAUCAACUCGCAUGCGAACGACGACGGUGUCAUUACGAGCGAUGAGCGCAAGGCCAUCAACAAGCUGCAAACACAACAAUUGCAUAUGCGCCACCGCGGAGCUAUGGGCUAUACACCUGUUCGCACGGCUGUGUGGGCUAAGGAUGGUUUGAAGGAUCAUAUUCGGUCGCUUGGCAGCCACAUGUUUGGCAGCAAAGACAAGAAGAGCCAGUUUGUCCAGUCGGAGACGUAG